UAAUUAUUUAUAAUUGUAACGAUCAGUUCCAAAGCACAAAGAACCCAAGUUAAAGAUGUUGUCCUGUUUUCUUCGCUCCUCAGCUGCUCGACUGAGCAUGUCAGGGAUGGCCCGCCUCAAGCAUACCCUCCCAGAGCUUCCCUAUGCCUACACUGCCCUCGAGCCUGUAGUAUCAGGAGAGAUCAUGGAGCUACACCAUUCCAAACACCAUGCUACUUAUGUCAACAACCUCAAUGCUGCAGAGGAGCAGCUUGGGGAGUCUGUGCAGCAAGGUAAUGUGUCUGGGAUGAUUGCUGUGCAGGGCGCAAUCAAGUUCAAUGGUGGAGGUCAUGUCAAUCACUCUAUAUUCUGGAACAAUCUAUCCCCUAAUGGCGGGGGCUUACCCACGGGAGAUCUGGCUGAUGCAAUUCAGAGAGACUUUGGAUCGUUUGACAACUUCAAGACUCAGCUGUCAGCUAAGACGGUAGCUAUCCAGGGCUCAGGAUGGGGCUGGCUGGGCUAUGACAAGAGCCGCAAACAGUUGGUGAUAAGCACGUGUGCUAACCAGGACCCUCUGGAGGCCACCACUGGCCUGGUUCCACUGUUGGGUAUAGAUGUAUGGGAGCAUGCCUACUACCUCCAGUAUCGGAAUGUGAGACCAGACUACGUCAAGUCCAUCUGGGAGGUGGUCAACUGGACUGACAUUGCUCAGAGAUUCACCAAGGCAACUAGCAACUGACACUAUAGCUUUAUAGAUACAGAGAAACUAUUAUAUAGUUGAUUGUAAAUAUGUACUCGUUUCAUAAUGUUUAUAUGAAUGGAACACUAAUAAA